AUGUCGUUAAAGCAGGAGAUAGAAACCUGGGUGACGGCCCUCGGCCGGUACGACAAUAAUGAAUUCGAGGAUGCAUUGAACGACUUCGAAAACAUCUCGGAUACCUCCAAGAUCCUGUUCAACAUGGGUGUUAUCCACGCGACUCUCGGGGAACAUGAGAAAGCUGUCGAAUGUUACCAGAGAGCAAUCAAAUUGGAUCAGUAUCUUGCUGUUGCAUACUUCCAGCAGGGUGUCUCCAACUUCUUGCUCGGUGACUUCGAGGAGGCGCUUGCAAACUUCAACGACACUCUUCUGUACCUGAGAGGGAACACCAUGAUCGACUACGCGCAGUUGGGGCUACUAUUCAAACUCUACUCCUGCGAGGUUUUGUUCAACAGAGGUCUCUGCUACAUAUAUCUGCAACAAAAGGAUGCAGGUUUGCAAGAUCUGCAGUAUGCCGUGAAGGAGAAGGUAGUCGAAGACCACAAUGUCAUCGACGAGGCUAUCAGGGAAGAGGCCGAGGGCUACACUGUGUUCUCUAUUCCAGUCGGUGUCGUGUAUCGGCCGAACGAAGCCAAGGUGCGAAACUUGAAGACGAAAGACUACCUCGGAAAGGCCCGUUUAGUCGCGGCUUCGGAUCGAUCCAAUGCUUUCACGGGCUUUGCUGGGUCAGAGAUCAAGAAUGCCGGGAAUGCCGGGAGGGGCAGCGAGAAAGACGACCGCCCUACCGACAACAUCUCGUUUGCGGCCACGAAUCUAGUGAAGCCUGGCUUACAGAGUAGGAGACAACAGUCUGAGCCACCUGGUGGCGGGCGCAACGCCUUCCCCCCGACGCCGCCCCCUGAGAAUGACAAGCCUACAACGAUGAGCCGAGGUGCCUCCGUUCGGAGCGGGCCCAAGCCUAUGCCAGCUAGGCUCAACAUUCCCGAAGUCAAACAAAGCAACAGCUACCAGAAGACGAGUUCACCGCAAAACGAACGCAGAGCACCGUCCCGAACUGCGUCCGAAGCCCGGUCGCCUCCCCAGCGGAGUUACUCCAGAGCAGAGCGACCAGAGCCAAGAAGCAGGCGCUCACGUCAAGACGAUGAUGGUUAUCCCGAUGAUGUCUACGAUAUGUAUGGAGGCGGCGGUGGUGGUGGUGGAGACCGUAGUGCUGGACCGAGCAGGUCACAAGGAAGCAGACGGGUUCAACCCAGGUACAUCGAGGAAGAGGAGGAGGUCAGCGAGUAUGAUUCCUUCGAUGAAGGCGACUUCGAGAUGAUAGCCCCCCGAAGGGCUGGGACCUCAACAUCUGGCUCAACACGAGGUGGAUCGAGAAGACCGGACGUCCGCAAGGUCAGAAUCAAGGUGCAUGCGGAAGAUGUGCGAUACAUCAUGGUCGGCGCCGCGGUCGAGUUCACCGAUCUGGCAGACCGCGUCAAGGAGAAGUUCGGCCUGCGGCGGCGCUUCAAGAUCAAAGUGCGCGACGAGGACUCGCCCGAGGACAUGAUCACCAUGGGAGACCAGGACGACCUCGAUAUGGUCAUGAUGACCGUGAAGCAGACGGCACGGAAGCAACGACAGGACAUUGGGAAAAUGGAGAUUUGGAUUCAGGAAGUCUAG